GUACGUAUGUACAUACAUAGAUGUACUUACACCAAGGUUGGAGCGAACCUUUAUAAACCGUUUGACUGGAACAUGCAGUCCUGAGUUUGAAUCGAGCUUUUCGAGUAAUUCGUUCAGUAUUUUGUCAACUUUUUAAGUUGGUAACUUUCAAAAACUACCUAACGACAUCGGUCACUUGCUAGAUAUUGGUUUUUAACUGCAGUGUAUUGGAAAUUAAAUAUUUUGUGAAGUUCUUUCUCUGCAAUUUGUGAGCGCCAAUACCAGAGAUGAGAGCUCUCCAAAGAAUUGUAAUAUUCUUUUUCUUCACGCCCUUGUAUGCACAAUCUCUUUUUGGAUCGUUGCUAAAUUACAUUUUGGAAGGAGAGGAACAAGAUACCGCAGAACCUCCGGAUGUUCGAAAUAUACUGCCCGAAUAUGAUUUUAUAGUUGUUGGAUCGGGAACUGCUGGAUGUGUGGUAGCAAACCGUUUAAGCGAAAAUCCAGAUUGGAAAGUCUUGCUGAUUGAAGCAGGUCGAUCAGAAAACUACAUUAUGGAUUUGCCUCUUCUGGCCAACUAUCUUCAAUUCACCGACUCCAACUGGAAGUACAAAACGGCGCCAAGUGGUAACUACUGCAUGGGCAUGGAGAACCAUCAAUGCAACUGGCCUCGAGGCAAGGUAAUCGGGGGUUCGAGUGUUCUCAAUUACAUGAUUUACACUCGUGGUAAUUACCGAGACUACGACAACUGGGCGAACUUGGGAAACACGGGCUGGUCGUUCAAAGAUGUUUUACCCUAUUUUAAAAAAGUCGAAGAUUUUACCAUCCCAGAGUUUAACGACACAAAAUACCAUUCCAGCGGCGGCUACCUUACAGUUGGUUUUGCACCAUACCGGACCAAAAUUGCUGAAGCUGUAUUACAAGCGGAAAUCCAAAACGGUGCUAAAUUUGUGGACUACAAUGGAGCUACCCAGAUUGGAACAUCAUAUCUUCAAGUGUCCAUGAAAAAUGGAACAAGAGCCAGUGCCAGCAGAGCCUAUCUACACCCCAUUAAAAACCGACGAAAUUUCCAUGUGAAAAAAAUAGCAAUGGUAACUAAAGUUCUUAUAGAUCCAAAAUCCAUGCGUGCGUAUGGGGUUGAGUUUGUACGAAACGGCGUAAAACAAAUUGUUAGGGCUCGCAAAGAAGUUAUUCUAUCAGCCGGCGCAAUAAACAGUCCUCAAUUAUUAAUGCUGUCAGGUAUCGGACCAAAAAGGCAUUUAAAGCAAUUGGGCAUCCCCGUUCUCAAGAACCUCAAAGUUGGUUAUAAUCUCAUGGAUCAUAUAGCAGUAGGAGGACUAACGUUUAUGAUUGACAAACCCUAUUCCAUCACAACCAACAAACUAAUAGAGCGAGAUACCCUGAUGAAAUACUUCUACUACCAUGACGGUCCUCUUUCUUUGCCUGGAGGUUGCGAAGUCUUAAGUUUCCAUGACACCAAAGAUCCUACUAAUCCAGACGGAUAUCCCGAUAUUGAGUUGCUGUACCAAGCAGGAUCCUUAGUGUCAGACCCCCUUCUGAGAAGAGAUUUCGGGAUAGACGAAAACAUUUAUAACGAAGUAUAUAAACCCAUAGUCGGAAGCGAAUCGUUCAUGGUCUUCCCCAUGCUUCUGCGUCCGAAAAGUAAAGGAAGAAUAAUUCUCAAGGACAAAAACUACUUGUCAAAACCUUUAAUAUUUCCUAACUACUUUGCCGAAAGGGAAGACAUGGACACGAUUGUCGAAGGAGUAAAGCUGAUUUUGAAUGUCACUAAACAGCCCGCCUUGCAAGCCAUGGGUACCCGUGUGCACGCCAAACCCAUCCCCAAAUGCGAAAAAAUGGGCUUCGGUACAGAUGCUUACUGGGAAUGUAUGGCACGUCAUUUCACGUUCACCAUUUAUCAUCAAAGCGGAACAUGUAAAAUGGGACCGAAGAACGACAAGAGUGCCGUGGUUGAUCCCAGACUAAGGGUUUAUGGGGUCAAAGGACUUAGGGUAAUAGACGCGUCCAUUAUACCUGUUAUUCCUGCCGCCCAUACGAAUGCACCAACAUUCAUGAUAGCCGAGAAGGGCGCAGAUAUGAUCAAAGAAGACUGGAAGAACAAGUGAACAAUCACUUCGUUAUAAUCUGUGAUACAUAUU